GCAAUGAGCAUCCGUCCCCGACUGCACGCCGUUCCCUCCCAUCGUUCCGCCCAUCCCCUCUCACAACACUGGGGAAUAAUACCAUAGACGUGAACUAGACCAAGCUCAACCCGCGCCCAGCUCCCCUUCCUUGUCCUCCAACAUCGUCGAUCCCAGCUCUGGACGCAAUCUACAAUAUCAGGCAAAAUGUCGCAAAGUCAUGCUCUCUCGGAUGAUCAGGUGGCGGGCGAGCUCCGCAAGAUGACUGCCUUCAUCCGGCAGGAAGCUCUCGAGAAAGGUCGCGAGAUCCAAUUAAAGGCCGACGAGGAAUUUGCCAUUGAGAAGUCCAAGCUCGUCCGCCAGGAAACCGCCGCAAUCGACACCCAGUACGAGAAGAAGUUCAAGCAGGCUGCCAUGUCCCAACAGAUCACCCGCUCCACCCUCGCCAACCGUACUCGUCUUCGUGUCCUCUCCUCUCGCCAGGAUCUCCUGGACGAUCUAUUCCAGAAAGCCCGUGGCGAAAUUUCGAACAUCGCCGGCAAAGACGCCAAGAAGUACCAAGCUGUGUUGCAGGCGCUGAUUCUGGAAGGCCUUUAUGCUCUGAACGAGGUGAACGUGGAUGUCCGUGGGCGGAAGAAAGAUAAGGAUGCUAUUAACAAGGCUAUCAGUGAGGCGGAGAAGGAGUUCAAGGAAACGGUUGGUAAAGAAGUUAAGGUCAACUUGAACGAGGAUGAGUCGCUGCCAGACGACAACGCUGGCGGAGUGGUAGUUGUUGGUGGCCAAGGCAAGAUCGAAAUCAAUAACACUUUCGAGGAACGACUGCGGCUACUCGAAAUCGACGCUCUCCCUGUCGUGAGGGAGACGCUUUUUGGUAAGAACGUCAACCGGCGGUUCCAUGAUUAGAACACCAGCAUAUGUCGUUCUAGUUUCGAAUUCGCAACCAGCGUGCCUCUUCUCAGUUUCAGCCUUGUAACUAUGUAACUUUCCAUUUUAUCUAUAACUUCCUUGACUAUUUAUUUCUGGGAGAUUAGCAUACCCUAUAUACAGUGGUGAUUUCUCCUAAAAUACUCUAUGCGAAGCCUUUGCUGCGAGUCAAGCCUGUUGCAUCGUAAUGGUAUAUAUAUAUAUAUAUAUGCCCUCAAAGACGUGGAGCAAAUCUAUGAGAAAUAUUCUCUAACAUCACCUACACUAUUAAGUGGAAGAUUAGGAGUUCU